AUCAUUUCACCACAACAACGAGGACCGAGCGGGUCCGAGACCAGUAACGGGAUUUGAUUUUCAAAUGUCCCCCCUUCAGUUGCAGUGCCCAGCAGGUUCCGGAUCUCGGAGGGGGAUCAGGAGUCAGUAAAGUCAUCUGAAGUUUCUUCAGGUUGUUGCUGAACAGAAGGCUGACUCUGUGUUGAGUGGAAACCGUUACUCUGAAGUUAUCUGCGUGGAGGCUGAAGCGGACUUUGUGUUUCUUUGAAUCAAGCUGCAGAGAAAAGGACUUCUUAAGUCCUGAGUCUUUGAGUCUGCAGCAGCUCGUGUGUCUGCGGGUUUGUCUGCUGCAGAACAUUUCCUGUUUCCUCUUCAGAGCUUCAACUCUUCAGCCAUGUUCACUCUGCACACACAUCCAAUCAUCUCCCACGAGCCAUGACUUCACCGAGGACUUUACGGGAGUGGUGCCGUGUCACCUGCGCCAGGUACCCGGAUGUGGAGGUCAGGGACAUGUCGAGCUCUUUCAGAGACGGACUCGUGUUCUGUGCCAUCAUCCACAGACACCGACCGGACCUGAUAGACUUCAGCUCGCUGUCCAAAGCUAACAUUUAUCACAAUAACAAACUGGCUUUUGAGAUCGCAGAAACCAGACUGGGAAUCCCGGCGUUACUGGACCCAGACGACAUGGUGACCAGUACAGAGCCUGAUGGUUUGAGCAUCAUCACCUACGUCUCCCAGUACUACCAGUACUUCACCUGGAGGGCCAGUGCCGGUCCCGUCAGCCUGAAGCCGUCACCUGUCUCCAUUGUAAACAACCUCUCAAAGACGAGAACACCUGGAGCGCUGCGACCCCCGAAGAGCUCGUCGCAGCUGAAACCCGGCCCAGAGGUCACCGGGCUGCACGCCGCGUGGAGUCCGGCGUGUAGUCUGUGUUUGAAGCCGGUCCACCUCAUCCAGAGACGCUGGGUCAACGGGAAGGUUUACCACCGCCGAUGUUUCAGGUGUAGAGUCUGUCACAGCACUCUGUUAGCGGGCUCCUUCACACGGGGGACAGACGGCGGCUUCUUGUUCUGCACUCACCAUCUGACAGACGCUCAAAGUCCCGGUGGUGACCUCAGUGCUCAGCCGGCGGCGAGCGCGCUUCAGGACGGUUAUUAUUCUCUCGGGGGGUUGUUGAUCAGCAGCGUCCCUCAUUACACUAAAACAACAGAGUCACCAGACGGACCGGUUUGUGAGACCGAGGGGGAAGAGAAAGACAACAGAGAGCUCGCUGCCGGACUGAAGAGCGCCAUAAAGAAGCCGGCGCGUCCUCAUCGUCCUCAACACGAGGCUGAACCUGCAGACGAGGACACACAAGAAGAAGAGAGAGAGGAGAGAGAGCCCUGCACGCCCUCCUCACCCCGACCACCAGACACCAGGACUCAUCCAGUCCCAGCACCCAGACGCAUGUUGGACCCUUCUGCAGCCCCUGUUCCUGCGCCCAGGAGACCCCUCGCUGCAGGAGAAAAGUCCUCCUCCUCCUCACAGGUAAGAGUCCUGACAGAUUCUGUUCUCUCUUUAAUGAAAACUCCUCUCAGUGUGCAUGCUCUGUCUCCUCUCAGCUCCUUCAGUGGGAGCCCCAAAGUGAGAUCAAACCACCCCUGGUUUCACAUCGUCCACCCCGGACCCUGGACUCAGCUGCCCCCUGCUCCGCCCCCCGUCCCGGCUCCUCGCUCCAGAUUCAGUAAAAGAUGUAGCAGACCUAGAAUAGUUCCUCCCAACCCGUUUGCAGAGGAUCUGGAUGAGGAGACUAAAAGUGACUCAGCUGCACAGUCUGCAGGGAGAGACGGUGUGUCUCUGAAUCCGUUUGCAGACGACGAGGACACAAAGAGAGAGAGUGAGGACACAAAGAGAGAGAGAGAGAGUGAGGACACAAAGAGAGAGAGAGAGAGUGAGGACACAAAGAGAGAGAGUGAGGACACAAAGAGAGAGAGAGAGAAGAGAGAGAGUGAGGACACAAAGAGAGAGAGUGAGGACACAAAGAGAGAGAGAGAGAGUGAGGACACAAAGAGAGAGAGUGAGGACACAAAGAGAGAGAGAGAGAGUGAGGACACAAAGAGAGAGAGUGAGGACACAAAGAGAGAGAGUGAGGACACAAAGAGAGAGAGUGAGGACAUGAGGACGCUGACGGUGACAGCUGUUUGUUUAGGAGACGAUGUCGAUGUGAAUAAUGAAUCACGGGACCAGGAUGUUGUGUCUCUGAAUCCGUUCUCAGAGUUUUACUCUGAGGACACAAAAGCAGAGAGUUCAAACCAAACUUCUCCUGCAGGGGGAGCUGCAGAGUCAGCGUGCGGUGGUGAUGUGAGCGACCAAUCAGGGAGCAGCAGCGACGUGCUGUGUUCAGGUAACGCUGGAGAAACAGCUGAGGCUGGGUGUGUCGUGUCUGUCCCAGCAGAGGGCGUGCUCGCCGUUAUGUUGACAGAACAAACGUCAGGUGACCUCGUCGGAGAGUCGAGCCCCGCUCGUGUUUCCGCUUUGAGAGCUUCUCUUCAAAAUGUGAACGCAGCCGCAGCCCGGCCGCGUGCAGCUUCAGAUGAAGCCCAGACUUACAUAUUACCCAGAAGCCUCUCUGUGCCAGCCAUCUCAUCUUCCUGCGGUCACAGCUCGUCUCUGUGUGGCGACCUGACGGAGACACGAGGAUGUGAUCAGGUGACAUCGUCUCAAAGUCAGCUCGUCUGCAAAAAGAAUCCAAAACAUGCGAUGAGCAAAUCAAAGACUUUUCAGUCACUCCCAUCCCGACGAGGCCCCGCCCCCGGACACGGCUUCCCACUCAUCAGGAGGAAGGUGCAGACAGAGCAGAAUGUUUCCUCUGAAGAUCUGCGGCUGGAGAUGACGGAGGUGGAUAAACAUCUGGAGGCUCUGGAGCGACGAGGAGUGGAGCUGGAGAGGAGUCUGAGAGACUGCAGGAGAGACAAAGACGAGGAGCAGAUGCUGACUCAGUGGUUCUCUGUGGUCCAGGAGACGAACGCUCUGGUGCGCAGAGACACCGAGCUGGUGUAUCUAACAAAGCAGCAGAAGUUAGAGGAGAGACAGGCCGAUGUGGAGUACGGCCUCAGGUGUCUCCUGAACAAACCAGAGGGCGAGUGGAGCGACAGAGACCGAGGGGAGGAGCAGCAGCUGAUGGACGAGCUGGUCGCCAUUAUCGAACAGAGGAACCAGAUCGUCAGCAGCCUGGAUCAGGACCGGCUCAGCGAACGAGAGGAAGAUUUAUAUCUGAGAGCCGUGAUGAAGGACAAAGAGCUUCAGAAAGAAGAACUCAAAGAUCUGAAGAAGUCAAAAUCAAAGUUCAGUCCGAGCAAAGUGUUCAAGAUGCUGAACCAUAAAACAAACGACACGUGAGACAGUGAGGACACAAAGAGCCGAGGAGCUGAACGACCCGUGGAGACGUUUUAAUCUUAUUUUAUAAAGAAGUUUGU